CGGGGCACACAGCGCAGCGAUCGGUGGUGCAGUGUCCCUGGAACACAGCGGAUCACCGUUCAGCAAAAAGAGCCGAUGACUUCAGCUUGGUCAUGUGAUCAGCUGUGUCCAAUCACAGCUGAUUGCACUGAUCAUCAGGGCAGUGAUGAUCAGUGCCCUGAUGAUCAGUGUAGCCCCAUCAGUGCCACCUGUCAGUGUCCAUCAAUGCCACCUGUCAUUGUCUAUCAAUGCCACCUGUUAGUGCCUAUCAAUGCCACCUGUCAGUGCAUAUCAAUGCCACAUAUCAGUGUCUAUCAGUGCCCAUCUGAGCUGCCUUUCAGUGCCAACUAUCAGUGCCAAUCAGUGCCACCUGUCAGUGCCCGUCAG